GCUGUGGUUGUAGCAACUUUAGCUUCAUUAUGUCAGUCACAAGAUACAGACAUGGUACCCGAGGAUUCUUCGUCUUUCAGUUUUAGCUCGGUUGAUCCUAGCCUACCAUGUAUCUACAGUGGAGUGCCAUAUAUGCAUGGUGAAUCGUGGAAACUUGACGUGUGCACCAUUUGCAGCUGUGACAAUGCCACAGUUACCUGUGUCAUCGAGAGUUGUCCGGCCGCCUUCUGUAUAGAACCUAUCAAACCAGAUGGAGAAUGUUGCUACUACUGCCCAUUCAACGUCAAAGUGAAACUUGUAAAACCCAAGAUAACCAGUGAGGGCACCAUUACUGAGGGAAGGGAGAUUGAAAUCUCCCUCGAUGUGCCGAUCAAAUUCCAGGAACUCAGGGAAACGACGGGUGUCUCUGGUGAGAACUUGUGGACUCUAAGUGCGUGGACAUCACCCAACCAAGACGGUAGUGGAGAGAGGUACGGAUACCAAGCAAACAUAUUGAAUGAUGAGCAGAUGGGACAGACUUAUACCAAGAAACAGGGUUUCAAGUUUACGCCUUUGCAGUAUUCUUUUCACGAUGUAAUGUCAGAAUGUAACAACAUGAAAUACAUCUGCACCAUGAUUGGCAAAAGCGAAAUGCCUCGCACAACAGGAAACUUACCUUUCGAAUUCUCAGGAUUCCCUGACGAGACCGCCCUCACCGGCUGUACCGAAGCUCCUGAAUGCCAAGGAAUCGCCGCACGCGAUAUUGAAUGGAGUCUUGAACCUCUUGGGAUGGCCAUCGCCGGUCAGGCAACAUCUGUCGGCCUCAGUAGCACGGUGUUCUUCAAGGAAAACAACACAGAGAUUUCAGGUCAGGGGCUAUGGCGAAUGGGUAUAUUCGGUAGUAGAGACGCCGGGGGAAGUGGAGAACGUUUCAGUUACGUUUCACAAAUACUAAGCGAAGAGCAGCAAGCCAAGACGCUGAGUGAGAACACACCGCUGAACCUGACUAACGUUGAAGCCCUCUUCGAGAUUGGUUCCAUAGGCUGUAACGACUUUGGUUUUAUCUGUGUUGAAUUCACCGGUGGAGAUGAUCCUAACCCGUAUUACUUCUUCCGCAAAGAAGGUGCCGUGAAUGCUUCGAGGUCAGCAAAUACCGUCACGAAAUGUAAAGAACAAGAAUGUUUGUCAAAGGCCAUCUUCUCGGAUCUUGAGGUCGAUCUCGGAAACCAGGUUCUAAAUGAAAACAAGAACAACCUUCUAACUGUUGAUAUAACUGGAAUCACUACAAAUUACUCAAAGAACGUUAUGGGAGAGAAUCUAUGGAUGCUUGGUGUGUACGGCAGUAGGAAUCCUUUCGGCUCUGGUCUCAAGACAGGAUUCAUUGAACAAGCUUUAAAUCCCACCGCUGCCUCUACUACCCUGAGUGAAGGUGAAAACCUAUCUCUAGGGGAAAUCGGUUUUGACUUUGACAUGACGAACAUUGACUGCAGUGAGCAUGGUGAGGCUUUCUACCUUUGUUUCGACCUAGACAAGAAUCCUCAAGCCACUGUCAACUAUGUCUUUGAUUCUCUUCCCGAUGACUCUGUUACCACGACUUGUGUCGAUAUGUCGAGCAGAUGCAAGGGUGCCACAGCUGUUGAUUUUAAUUGGAUACUUGAUGUUGAUGAGGCAACAUUCGGCAAACCGACGCCAAUGUCGAUGGAUGUUGAGAUUCAUUUUACACAUGAGAGUCCAGCGGUGGCUGGACAAGGUCUAUGGAAGCUUAGCGCAUUUGCUUCAAUGAAUGAAAAUGGUACGGGUGUCCGCAGGGAUGAGAUCGUACAGACCUUGGACUCCUACAACGAAGCCAUGACGCUUCAAGAAGGAGGGCCUUUGGAAUUUUAUGGCAUUCAAGUACCAUUUCCAAUCGGCGAGUUAAGUUGUGAUGGUUACGACUGGUUCUGCCUUGAGUUCCAACAAGGAGAACGACCCAGACCAGAGUUCAUGUUUGAAACGGAAGGGGGUGGUGAAAGCAUUAUCUCCUGCAAGAAACACAGUUGUAAAGUCACGUUUCAGUUUAGAUUUAGGUGCGAUGUAUUUUGGAUGCUCACCAAUCAUUUGCGUUGAUGGAUACGGUGAUUAAAAAAUCCAUUGAACUACCAUUAGAAGUCCCGGGAAGGAAAACAUAUAUGUCAUCUGGAGUUUCUCCCAACAAAGGUAAUAAUAAUGAAAAAAAGUUCAAUAAUGAUAUCAUCACAAUCCAUUUUUGUAUUAAAAUAAGUACUUUGUAUAUGAUGAUGUCUGUUAUAUAUUUUUUAUGUUGAUCAUGUUGAUGGUGUCUAAUUGUUUUAUUGAACCAAAUUUAACCAGCUCCCAUCUAUUAGCUGAAUAAAGUACGAUUUCGGCAAAGGUAAUACAUUUGUUUUAAGGGAUAUUGAAAGCUCAUUGUUUUUUAAUUUGAAUUAAAAAAAAACCCCAAUCAUUAUGAGGAGUUACUAAUCCCUUCGUUUCGCAUUC